GGUGUUCCUUUCCGGAUUGCGAUCGUUCCGUCGAUCCCUUCAUCGGCCGAUCUAACUCUUUAAUCGGAGGUUUGUGGUGAAUCAUGUCUGAUGUCCCUUCUUGUUCUAGCGGCAAUGAUACAACCAACAAUGAUUCGAGUAACUUCGAAUGUAACAUCUGCUUAGACUUGGCUCAAGAUCCUAUUGUCACUCUCUGUGGUCACUUGUUCUGUUGGCCUUGUUUAUACAAAUGGCUCCAUCUUCAUUCUCAAUCUAAGGACUGUCCUGUUUGCAAAGCCGUGAUCGAAGAAGACAGAUUGGUUCCUUUGUACGGUAGAGGUAAAUCGUCUGCCGACCCUCGAUCCAAGUCCAUUCCUGGACUCGAAGUGCCUAACCGUCCAUCGGGACAGAGACCCGAAACUGCACAACCUCCUGAUCCUAACCAUGGUUUUGCUCAUCAUCAUGGGUUUGGUGGGUUCAUGGGAGGUUUUGCUGCUCCCAUGGCGAGUGCGCGGUUUGGGAAUGUUACAUUGUCUGCAGCGUUUGGCGGUUUGAUUCCUUCGUUGUUCAACCUCCAUUUCCAUGGAUUCCCUGAUGCAGCCAUGUAUGGAGCUGCUGCUUCUGGCGGAUUCCCUCACGGUUUCUCAAAUCCUUUCCAUGGAGGACACUCACAUAUGCAUAGUUACCAGCGGCACGCAGGACGACAAGGACAACAAGACAAUCACUUGAAGAUAUUGUCACUUGUUGUUUUUGUCGUCGUUGUGUUAUCCCUCUUCUUGAGCUAGUGAGGAAAUCGAUUAGCAAACUUCAUUUCGCUUUUUUAAUUCUAGAUCUUAUUGCAUAAAAACCUGGGAAGAUAUGCUGUGAGUUGGCUUGUAAUCUGCUACUUUAGCAAAUUGUUCAUAUAUCAAUACAUAUCGGAUUCUCUU